AUGAAGUCUGCAACGACCUUGAAUGAACCCCUGGGCACUAGCUUCAUUGAAAAGGCCCCGACAGGAGCAGAACCCGAUGGAAGCUUUCCCGAGACAGUAGACCUCACUGAUGAUCCAGGUCCUCCACAUGAUCAACCAAAAAAAAGCCCUAUCCUAAAGAAUAUGAUCUGGGUCAAGAAGAAACAGAGGUAUCUGUCUCCGAAGCAGCUUCAAGCUAUCUGGGACAAAAAAGAUCUUCCUAUCGAGGAUAUCUUUGUGAAGGAAAAGGAUGGCUGGGAAAAGAUCCCUAGGUCGUGUGCUCCAGAAGCUGAUGGAACCACCACUGAGGCUGAUGGCACUUCAGAAGCUGAUGGCACUCCUACCGAGGCUGAUGACGCUCUCAACGAAGUUUCUGGCACCCCGACCGAAGCUAAUAGCCCUGGAGGUACGAGUGAACACCUUGUCGAACUCGAAGAUGACUUUCCUGACUAA